AUCCCCAGCCCCGGCGGCCGCCCGAGGUUGCAAGACGCCUUCCCGGGCCUUAUUUGGUCGCAGGAAGUGGGCGGCGCCGGGCCUGCUCGCGGGGAGGCCGCCGACCAGAGGCUGUUGUGCUGAUGAAGUGGUAGAGCUGGUUCCUGCUCGCCGCCGGCCGCGCGCGCCGUCCGGCCGCCCGGGCUCCGCGCUCCCAGCGCCGAGUUGUGCAAUCCUUUGUAGCAGCACCUCCGAGAGCCCUCCUCCUGCGCUGCUGCCUCUCGCCCUCGCUCUCCUCUUUUUUUUUUUUUUUUUUUUUUCCAAGCUGUGAGCUCAACCGAUGAGUCAGAGCAGUGCAAUCCUGACACUGCAUCGCAGGACCGGGGGUGACACGGAGGGAGGGAGGGAAGGAGAGCGAUCGCGAGGCGGACGCCACCGGCGCGGGGUGCGCCGAGGCUCCUGCGCCCGGAGCGGAGGGUGACAGCCCGCGCGCCCCUCCGGGUCCCCGCCCGCAAACUUCCCCGUCCCGGGAGGAGGCGCGGGCCGGCGGAAGCCCUGCGAGCGCCGCGGGAGGCGGCGGCGGCGCCUGUUUGUUUUUGAAACCGGGGAGUGCUGCGUGCAGGCGGCUUGGAGUCUAAGAGGCGACCGGAGGCGGCAGGCAGCCCGUGGCGAAGAAGGGACAGCCGAUGCCCGAGCUCGGGCAGGAGCAGGCUCCAGGACCCGCGCAGCAUCAUGAGCCGGGAGGCGUAGGCAAGCCCGGGAGUGUCUCUGUGCAGAGAGAGGAGCCGCCAACCGUUCUCUCUGCCUGUGCCUGACCACUUCGCCCGGCCCACGUUCCUGCCCCUGCCCCUGCCCCUGCCCCGCCCCCUCUGGCUCCUGGACGAGGGGGCUCCCAGCAGGACCUCCCCCUAGGGGAUGGGCAACUGGUGAAGGAGGCCUCGCUCCCUCCCCGGGCCGGCCCCGUCCGCCACACCAUGAACCUCCAGGCCCAGCCCCGGGGUCAGAACAAGCGGAAGCGCUGCCUCUUCGGGGACCAGGAAGCCGCCGCCAAGGAGCAGCCGCCCCCGGCCCCGCCCCCGCCGUCCGCCCGCGGGAAGGAGGAGCCUUACUUCGGCCACGAGGGCCCCACGGGGGCCGCCCCGGCCUCCCAGCCCGUGGAGCUCGCCAACAGCCUGGCCCUGCUGAACUCGGUGGUGUACGGGCCCGAGCGGACCUCGGCGGCCAUGCUGUCCCAGCAGAUGGGCUCGGGCCCCGUCAAGUGGCCCAACGCGGUGAUGGCUCCGGGGAGGGGCCCCGAGCGCGGAGGGGGCGCGGGCGGCAGCGACAGCGGCUGGCAGCAGCAGCCGGGCCAGCCCCCGCCCCACCCGACGUGGAACUGCCACAGCCUGCCCGUCUACGGCGGGCACAAGGGGGGCCCCCACCCGGGCAUGGUCUCCGCCUACUACAGCCACCCCGAGGCGCUGAAGCGGGAGAAGGGGGGGGGCGCCCAGCUGGACCGCUACGGGAACGGCGUGCGGCCCGCGAUGCCGCCGCAGAAGGCGCAGCAGGAGGCGGGGCGGCCCCAGGCGCCCUUGAACUCGUUCCACGUGGCCAAGAAGCCCCCGAACCAGGCGCUGCCCCUGCAGCCUUUCCAGCUGGCGUUCGGCCACCAGGUGAACCGGCAGGUCUUCCGGCAGGGCCCGCCGCCCCCCAACCCCGUGGCCGCCUACCCGCUGCAGAAGCAGCCGCAGCCGCAGCAGCAGCAGCAGCCACAGGCAGGCCUGCCGCAGAUGCCGCUCUUCGAGAACUUUUACCCCAUGCAGCAGCCGCCCUCCCAGCAGCCCCAGGACUUCGGCCUGCAGCCCGCGGGGCCGCUGGGGCAGCCCCACCUGGCGCACCACCACGGCAUGGUGCCCUACGCCUUCCCCCCCAACCCCGACCUGAACCCAGAACUGCGCAAGGCCCUCCUGCAGGAGUCCGCCCCGCAGGCCGUGCUACCUCAGGCCCAGAUCGCCUUUCCCCGCCGCUCCCGCCGCCUCUCCAAGGAGGGCGUCCUGCCGCCCGCCGCCCUGGACGGGGCCGGGGCCCAGCCGGCGCAGGAGCCCGCCGCCGCCGCCAACCUGUUCCUGCAUCACCACUGGCCCCCGCACCAGCCGCCGCCGCACGGCCCCCUGGGGCAGCCCCAUCCCGAGGCGCUGGGCUUCCCGCUGGAGCUGAGGGAGGCGCAGCUGCUGUCCGACGGGGAGAGACUGGCCCCCAACGGGCGGGAGCGGGAGGCCCCCGCCAUGGGCGGCGAGGAGGGCAUGCGGGCCGCGGGGGACUGCGGGCAGGUGCUCCGGGGCGGAGUGAUCCAGAGCACGCGGAGGCGGCGCCGGGCGUCCCAGGAGGCCAACCUGCUGACCCUGGCCCAGAAGGCAGUGGAGCUGGCCUCGCUGCAGAACGCAAAGGAUGCCAACGGCUCGGAGGAGAAGCGGAAGAGCGUGCUGGCUUCCACCACCAAGUGCGGGGUGGAGUUUUCUGAGCCGUCCCUCGCUGCCAAGCGAGCCCGAGAGGACAGCGGGAUGGUGCCCCUCAUCAUCCCCGUGUCCGUGCCGGUGCGGACCGUGGACCCGUCCGAGGCGGCCCAGGCCGGGGGCGUGGACGAGGACGGGAGGGGGCCGGAGCACAACCCCGCGGAGCACAAGGCGUCCGUCAUCGUCACCCGCCGGCGGUCCACCCGGGCCCCCGGCACCGACGCCCCGGCUCAGGCCGAAGACAUGGACGUCAAGUUGGAGGGGGAGCCUUCGGUGCGGAAACCCAAGCAGCGGCCGAGGCCCGAGCCCCUGAUCAUCCCCACCAAGGCGGGCACGUUCAUCGCCCCUCCCGUCUACUCCAACAUCACCCCGUACCAGAGCCACCUGCGCUCUCCCGUCCGCCUGGCCGACCACCCCGCCGAGCGCAGCUUCGAGCCGCCGCCCUACACGCCGCCCCCCAUCCUCAGCCCCGUGCGGGAGGGCUCCGGCCUCUACUUCAACGCCAUCCUGUCCACGAGCAGCGUCCCGGCCCCGCCUCCCAUCACGCCCAAGAGUGCCCACCGCACGCUGCUCCGGUCCAAUAGUGCUGAAGUCACCCCACCUGUCCUCUCGGUGAUGGGGGAAGCCACCCCCGUGAGCAUCGAGCCACGGAUCAACGUAGGCUCCCGGUUCCAAGCUGAAAUCCCCUCCAUGAGGGACCGUGCCCUGGCCGCCGCAGACCCCCACAAGGCCGACCUGGUGUGGCAGCCGUGGGAGGAGCUGGAGAGCAGCCGGGAGAAGCAGAGGCAAGUGGAAGACCUGCUGACAGCCGCCUGCUCCAGCAUUUUCCCUGGAGCUGGCACCAACCAGGAGCUGGCCCUGCACUGCCUGCACGAGUCCAGGGGAGACAUCCUGGAAACGCUGAAUAAGCUGCUACUGAAGAAGCCCCUGAGGCCCCGCAACCACCCACUGGCAACGUAUCACUACACAGGCUCAGACCAGUGGAAGAUGUCGGAGAGGAAGCUGUUCAACAAGGGCAUUGCCAUCUACAAGAAGGAUUUCUUCCUGGUGCAGAAGCUGAUCCAGACCAAGACGGUGGCCCAGUGCGUGGAGUUCUACUACACCUACAAGAAGCAGGCGAAGAUCGGCCGCAACGGCACGCUCACCUUCGGCGACGACGCGGGCGACGACAAGUCAGUCCAGGACGAGGUGGAAGUGGACAUCAAGACUUCCCAGAAGUUCCCCAGGGUGCCUGCUCCCAGAAGAGAGCCCCCCAGUGAAGGGAGGCUGGAGCCCGGGAAGGAAGGGGAGGAGGAGGUGCCAGAGACCCAAGAGAAGGGGGAGCAGGAAGAGGGGCGAGAGAGAAGCCGGCGGGCCGCGGCUGUCAAAGCCACACAGACACUACAGGCCAAUGAGGCGGCCAAUGACAUCCUCAUCCUCCGAAGCCACGAGCCCAACGCCCCCGAGUCGGCCGGCGGCCAGGCCUCGGAGAAGCCGAGGGAGGGGCCCGGGAAGCCACGGAGGACACUUCCUCUCGCAGAGAAGAAGAAAAAAGCGGAGGCAUUUAAUAAAACCCAGAAUCAGGAGAACACGUUCCCGUGUAAGAAAUGUGGCAGGGUGUUCUACAAGGUGAAGAGCCGCAGCGCCCACAUGAAGAGCCACGCGGAGCAGGAGAAGAAGGCUGCAGCUCUAAGGCAGCGGGAGAAGGAGGCUGCGGCCGCUGCGGCCGAGGCCGCCGCCUCCCCCCAGCAGACGGAAAGCGCCGGGGAGAGGGGCUGAGGCCCAGGCCGCCGGGAGGCCCGGGCCGGCCCCUCGGCCUGGGCGCCCGCCCGGCUCUCCUGCACCAGCCCCUCUCCCUGCACCAGCCUCGUCAAAGCGCCUGCAGGCGCCCAGGGACUCACAGAGGGACGGAGGAGCCAUCCCGUGGACUUCUCUCCGGAAAAACAAACAAGACAAUACAAUAAACAGCUCUUUUAUUUAUAAAGGCCCCGGGAGCAGUGUUCAGGGCUGCAGGAUCCAGUUCUCUGUGCACUCGGUCUGUCGGAAGUCGUCCUCACCUUUUCCUCGAACCAGGAGCGCCCCCGCUUGCUGGGGCCGCCCUCUGGGAGGGGCUCCAGCCGCGGCCACCGGUGCUUCUCACCCUGGGACCCUGCUGCUGAGCAGUCUCUCCUUCCUCUUCCCCAGCUCCCGGAGAGCCAAGCACAGUUCACCCGGAUGUAGCAUUACCCCUCGGCUCCAGAGGACCUCGAAGGCCCUCCCCUCAGCCCUGGAAAAAGGGAGCUCACCCCUGCACACAGCGCGUCUGGGCCUAAGCUGCUCCAGCGCCCCUGUCCUCACUGAGGCCUCCCCCUCUGCUUCUGGCUGGCAGCCUGCUCCGGCUGCAAAGUUUUCUCAGAUGUUUGGGGGAAGCUCUCAGCCUGCUGGAGGGGAGGGAACUGUGAGGAGGGAAGCCCUGAGGGCAUUUAGAUAAGGCUGGGCUCUUCUGCUUCCCCCUUCUUGCCAAAUACCUUUGGGCCCUAGAGACCCAGGGAGCCCCUCCUUGCACAAGUUUCCUGCUUGUCUCAGUCCUGACCUUGGCAGCUGCCACCUGACCCCACCCCACCUAGUCCAGCGCUGAUAGCCACCGCCCAGCCCCCAGCCCUGCACGCUGGAGAUUUCUGGAUCCUUCCCUGGGAGGAGGAGGACUAACCCAAUCGGGCAGGAGCCUUCAUUCCUUGACGUGUGACAUUUGGGAGCUAUUUAUUUAUUCUUACUAUUUAAUUUUUUAACAUCCUCUCAGGGACCAGGGGCCGCCUGCUUUCCAGAGGCCCAAGUGCAUUUAUCCCAAAACAAGGCACCUUCUUGGCAUCCGCCCCACCCCCAUUCCCAAGACCCUGCCCGCCCCUCACCACAUUGCUCUGGGAGCCCUUGCCAAUAGGAACGAUAGUACCUGCUGACAGAGGGGGGAGGAGGGGAAAGGUGUCACACCCAGAGGAGCAGGAGCCAGGGGGUCAAAGGCAGUUCUUGUUGCUACCUCUGCUCCAGCUGUGCUUUCCAAUUGCCUGGGAGGAUUGGCGGGAAGCCAGAAUCCCGGCUUGUCUCUGGCUGGAAGAAGCCAUCUUUGGCCCGGAGUUCCUCAAGAAAGGACUGGGAGAUUCUGGCGGCCCCUUCACUUGCCAGUCCCACAGGAGGGCUGAGUUACUUUUCCGAUCUUGUCACUCAACUUUUCAUUGUCUAAAAGGAGUUCGAAGUGAAUGCAAGUGAACGGCAGGCCCACGUGUUAGGAUUUUGCUACUCAUGAGAUCGCCGACAGGCAUCGUGUUGGUAGCUGGGGGUAGGGAGAACAUUGUUUUGUUUCUAAACUAUGCACUAUCAGGUAUUUUUCAGCCUUCAUGCAUUAAUAUGGUUCUACAAGAUCCCAGCUACAGGAGCAACAAAAUCCACCCCCGCCCCCCAGACUCCUGGACAACUGCCUAGAUUUCCAACUUUCCCAGCUCAUUUCCUCUGUAAGCUUCCACAAACUCAGCAUCCCAAGAUUGCAAAAAUCUGGAACCCCCUCCAGAAACAGGAAGGUAGCAAAUUUAGUCUCUCUUCUGAAUCACUUGUGUAAUAAGAGUGCCUUUGCAGCUUUGCCCCAAAGUGCUACUUAUGUUUCCCAAGGUCUUUUCUAUUUAAAUUAUAUUUUUGUUUCAGGCCCUUUGGUGGACAUGCUGUAACAAAUCUCCUUUGUCUAGAGUGAUCCUCCUUUUUCUAAACUCUCGGAGACAAGACCAGGUGAAUGUAGGUGGCGAAA